GAUUUUCUUUGUUAGAGAUGAACACCCUCUUGAUUUUAUACUCUACUAUUACUUUUUUUUAUAAGAUUUUAUCUAUAAAAGUCAGUGAGCCCUUUUCUCUAAGCGUGAUAUGUGCUUAUUUAUUUCUUCAUGAAUUUCUCUUGUAAAGACAUUAUUAUUUUUUUCGAACUGUAAGGACAUUAUUUAACUUAGCAUAUGCCCGACAUGGGGAGCUCCAUUCUGGCCUGCAUAGAACCCGUGUUACUUAGGUGGGCCUGCGUCAUUCCCCCAGCUCAACCACAAAGCACCAUAACACCAUGCACACAUCACACAUGGCCAAAUCGGGCCUGCUGCAACUCAGCUCUAGAUUCACACUCGACAUGAUGUGCCAGGAGCAUAUCCCCUUGGCUAACGUGCUGAUAAUGCAUGGCAUGGAGGUGACGGUACACUAUGUUGUGUGGAUACUUUCAAAAAUUGACGUAUCAGAGAAGAUACUUAUAUCUGAUACUGAUACUUGUUGGAUACUUGCAUGACAACAGAGAUGAUAGCAUUCGUAUUUCUCAAAUAUUACGAGAAAUGGGAUAAGAAGAGAGUUUAUUGUUGGAAUUUUGAAAAGAUAACAUGUGAAUUUUUGCUAAGAUUUGUUUGUAGAGAUAACCUAUGAAACACCAAUACCUCCAGAAGGGGUUGUAUCCAUAUCAGAUACGUAUCCUCAAAGUAACCGUAAAAAAGUAAAUAAAGAAAUUACAGAUACCUCUAGGAUACUUCUAAGAUAUCUGUAGGAUACGGUCCGACCUAGUCUCCCACUCCCAGCCGUAUAACCGCAACCCUCAACCGCCGCCCUUCCAAGCUCCCACUCCCAGCUGCAUCUCCUAGGCUCCCAACCGCCGCCCUCGCCUGCACGCCUUCGGCCUCCCUCUCGCUGGUCGUUAGGCCUCCACCACCUGCUGGCGGCGAGCCAACGACACCCUCCUGCACCUAUUUAUUCAGAGAGGGGCUAGCACGUGGCAAUCCAGCAAUGGGCGAUCGAUGCGUCUGAGACGGGCACAGGUGGCAAGCGUGAGGUGUCAUUUUGCGACAGGGUGGAGCGGAGAGAUAGAUACAAUCAAGAUCCGAAUUUGCUGCUUCUCUCUCAUAUCUCAUCGUCACAUCCUCUUCCGCCGGCAAUCCCCAGAAGUCAGUACCAAGUAUAUCCGUAAUUGGACUGAAUGGAGUUAUGCUAUGGAAUCAUGAGGGAUAUAUCAGCUCUGAAGAUCUGAAAGAAAGUAUUGAGAAAGCUUGGGCUGCCCUUCAUCUGCAGGAGACAGCGGCAACCUUGUUGACAGCAUCGCUUGCUUCAAGAAGUGCUGAGUCUAUGAAUACCGCUUCUACUACUUUGCCUCAAGGAGGUUCGUCUACUUCAGGAAAUCCUUCUGCUUCAUCCAGUCAAUCACCAGGCAUUUCUGGAGCCAGCGAAUUUUCUCAUUCAACUGAUUUAGUUUCACAACUUCCUAGAAGCACCACCCAUGAACCUAUUAAGAUAAAUGAAAAUGAAGGCUCAAAAUCAGAUUCAGACCCAGUUGAUAGAACUGUUGAGCUAGAUUCAGCACGUACCAAAGUUAAAUGUGAUUUGCCUGAUAACUCAAGGAGCUCAAAUAUGGCCAGUUCCGAAAAUCCAAAAGGAAAAGACAGUACACCAUCACCGAAAAGAAAGAACAAAAUGGAUGGAAGUUGCACUGCAGUUGCUUCAGAGACAACUCCUAGUACAGCCACCAGUAGAAAAGUUUGUUCCCAAUUGCUUGUGGAACAAGAAAAGGCAACAACUUCUAGCACCCCUGAUGAAGUGGCCUCAAAUUCUGUGAAGUCAGAUGAUAUUCAGCUUAGCGUUCGUAUGCCCAGUGGAAAUAGACUGGAGAUCAAACUGACAAAACAAGAUGUUUUAAGGAAAGUGAAGAAUAUUGUGGAUGAAAACAAAGGCAGUGGGAUCAGCUCGUAUGAUCUCUCUAUGAUUUAUCCAAAAAAAGUAUUCACUGAACAAGAUAUGGACGCCAUGCUGUGUGAGCUGGGUAUUCAAAAUCGUCAGGCUAUGAUUGUUGUUCCACAUCGUCAGCCUGUUCAGGUGUCGAGGCGCCAAUCGUCAUCACCAUCUUAUAAUGUGGAUGGCAAUUCAGAUGGUGGGGGAUAUUUUGGUUAUUUGAGAACAGUCCUCUCAUACGUGAAUCCUCUCUCCUAUUUAACUGGAAACCCCACUUCAUCAAAUCCGGAGCAACAGGCAAAUGGAGGCCUGCAGCAGCAGAGGCCAAGCUCUGGUCAAUGGAAUCGUCCUGGAACGGAGACAGCUUCUGAACAUCGGACGCUCCCUGAUAACAGGAGCCAACAAGCAGAUGGUGAGAGCUCUGGAAAUUCACUGCGAAGGCGGUCCAGACCGUUCGGUGCCAAUGUCCACACUCUGGGGAGGGAUGACCAUGGUCCAUCCGACGAUAAAAAUGUUUUCUGGAAUGGGAACUCGACCGAGUUUGGAGGCGACGACAGGAAAUAAAUAGUGCUGCGGAGACAACACGGUAGUAGAGUCAAGUGAGAGAUACCUGAAACACACGACAGGGAAAUAAAAAAUGUUUCGAAUAGUCUUGGAGGUUAAACUGAUUGCUGAAACCGCAUCACCAGAAAGUAUACGUUGGUGAUAGUUCUACGAUGUUACUGUUGCUGAAUCGACGUACUUCGUUGUAUUGAUAGCCGUGGAAAUUAAAUCUAAACUGUCUGAUUUUACUA